AUGGUCCGAGACGACGAAUACGUGACUGAUGGCAGUGGUGGUACAACUACCCGACUUCGAUCAGAAAUAGAUCCAUUGGAAGACGCCAUUUAUGGCAACUUCCAUCGGAAAAUGCGUCGUGAAGAGAAGCUGAUGUUGACGUUGGAACGGAAUGACGUGUUGAGUGAAGUCGAUACCUUAAACCACAACUUGCAGCUCUUGCAACAAUAUGAUUGGAUGAGGCAUCUUCCCAGUAUCACGCGUAUCGAUGAUCCAAACGACUACGACGAGUUGGAGUCAAAGAAGAACCUCACCAUCAUUGAAAUCAACAAGAUCCUCCGCAAAUACGACAAUUGGAAACGAAGGUACGAUAAACUCACUAAUGACAUCCGUACGUUUAACCAAAACCCACAUCCCAACGAUUCAUACGAACAAGAUGAAUAUUCCAUACCAGUAGCACAAUUGCGACAACGUCGUCUCAUGCAGAAACGUAAGCUCUUGGGUCCUAUCAUUAAGUUGAGACUCAACAAUGGUCAUGUGAUAAUCUAUGAUCCUGAGAAGCCCUCUGUUUCAGUAAAGGAGGAUGAGCUGUGUUCAAACCAAAAAGCUAUCUCAGCGUGUUCUCCACGAUCAACUUCUGCAUCGAAAUCUGCAUCGAAAUCAUCAAAUGUUAAGAAGAAACACCAAAUAACUUCAUCAACUUCUUCUCGCAGAAAGCGUAAGGACGAUGAAUAUUCUUCAGCUAUAUCAACCCCCACAGAGUACCAAGGUUAUCGAAUACAACAAACACAGCAAGUAGACCCCGUUGAUUUGGAAUCAAUGGAACCAAAGUUGGUUCAAAAGCUAAACUUUGCCAACGAUAAACUGCAUAAUAUCACCCUAGGUCUAGACCUUCCACUGACUGGAUAUCAAGACUUUCAGCUUUAUCGUGGAUGGCUAGUAAAGGCAUAUGACUUUUUGAACCAAAGAAUGAGUUUAAGAGAGCAAUUGGAUCGACUCAUUCCUGAUUCCCAGGAGUAUACGGGUCCAUAA